GAAAUCCAACAGAAUGAAAAACAUAUUAAGAAGUGGACCCAAUAUAGAGAUAGGCAUAAGCAGAUUAUUGAAGGGUUAAAGAUGCUUUCACUUGAAUUGUCAAUGAAUUGCAUUGUACCUAUAGGAAAAAGGGCAUUAAUGAAGGGUAAAUUAAAGCAUACCAGUGAAAUUCUUACUUGUAUAGGAGAUGGAUACUUUAUUAAAUAUACUACUCAACAAGCAAUAGCAUUAUGCAAUCGCAGAAUAAAGCAUUCAGAAGAAAUAUUAAAAGAUUUUGAACAAGAAAGAAAUUUACUUGAAACUCGACAAAUGUUACCGCUUGUCUUUGAUGCAUUUGAAUUCAAUAAUUGUGAGAAUGUAGUUGAACACUGGGAUGAAAAAAGAUUAGAAGAUUGGAAAGUGUUACACAAAAAAAAAGAAAAAGAGUAUAGACAAAAGUUAAUGAAAUUGAAAUGUCAAAAAAAACAGAAAAUUGAAACAGAAGAUGAUCUUUUUAAAAGACUUGAUCAGCUAGAACUUGAGGAAGAAUUGGCGGAUGAGUUUAAUAGAUUGGAUGAAGAGCAUCAACAAUUUUAUGGCGAACAUUUACAAGAUAAUAAAAUUCAACCAGAAUUACAGGAAGAUAUGGAUGAAGACUCUAGUGAAGAAUCCAAUAAAGAAGAACGUGAACAUGAAAAUAAAAUAUAUUUAAAAUAUAUGCAAGAAAAUAAAGUGGAUAAAAUCGAAACAGCAAUUGAAAAUACAGAAAGAACUCCUGAUAAAGAUAAUAAGAUAAAUGGAAAAUUCGAAGUAUCUAUUAUUAAAGAAGAUAAAGCGAAUAAAUUGUUAGAUAAACUUAACUUAUGUAUAGACUCCGUUUCCUCUCAUUAUCAAUCAGGUGAAAUUGAGAGACAAAAACUUAAUAAUCAAUCUACCGCGACACAAAACCUAUCGAAUGAUGUACCUUGUUUGGAGAAUGAUGUUGAUAUUGAGAAAUCCAAAGGUUUUGUCAAGAGAGUUUCUUUUGCAGAACCACAUUUUGUAGAAGUAGCAUCUUUUUCUCAUGAAAUUAAUGAAAACAAUAAAGAAGAACAGUUAGUAAAUGAAUCUGAUAUUGAUAAUGAUACUAUAAAAAUCAAUUUUACACCCUCCGAAAUAGAACCUUCAAUUUGCAAAAACAAUACUGAAACUAAAAUAAUGAAUCCGGAUGAUAUUUAUAGAAUAUUUUGCAAACCAAAAUCCAUACUUAAAAAGUCGCCUGAUAACGAGGAUUUUAAUAAAAACACACGAUUAAUUGAUGAAAGCAUCAAAGAACAAAUUACUAAAGAUAUUGAAACUGAUCAGAUAGCAAAAUCUACUUAUAAUUUAGUAGUUCAAGAUGUUCAGAACAGGAAAAUAGAAGAAACAGUUACGGAAUAUAAAGAAUCAAAUAACCAAAAUAGGCCAAUAAGCAGAUUUAAGCUUGAGCGAGCAAAUCUUAAAAAAGCAUUUAAAUGAUGUAAAACACUGUUAUCGUUAACAUUUCCAUUACUCUUUAUAAGAGAUUUUAUAUAAUAAGAAUAAUGUUAAAAAAUAUAUUUACAUUUAAGGUAAACAA